CUUCAUUCCAGUCGCCCAGUUUAAUGCAGCGAUCUACGUCGUGAAGUGCAUCAAAAUAAGAUAAUCACGAUUCAAAAUAUUUUGCAGUGUUUUUGUGGUGUUUGUUCGCAAAGGCAGGUAGCAUACAGAAAAAAAAAGCUUACAACUGAUUACCAUAUAAUCUGCGUUGUUCUUUCCGUGGAAUUCGUGUCGAGUCAUAUCUCAGCUCAGUGCGUACAGAUUAGAUAUAUCUUUUAUUGUAUGUAAUUUUAUCUGAAUUGUGAUUAGGUGACUUCCUUCUGAACAUUCUGAAAUCCACUGUGCAAAAAGGUACUGGGGAAGGGAUCAAUGUCGUAUUGGACUGCUGCUGCGAGUGGAUGUUCUGUGACCCCGUUUCGACGCUGAAGUGAAAUCUUUGGGGCGAAUUGUGCUGUAACCUUUGUUUAGGAAAUAAUUCGGAAAUUUCAAAAUGCCGAUUCUGUACAGCGUCAUCACCCGAGGGCCCACCGUUCUGGCCAAGUAUGCCGAAUGCGUCGGAAACUUUGCCGAAGUGACGGAGCAGAUCAUCCCGAAGAUCAAACUGGACGACCACAAGCUGACCUAUUCGCACGGGAACUAUCUGAUACACUACAUCUGCGAGAAUAGGAUCAUCUACAUGUGCAUUACGGACGAUGGCUUCGAACGAUCGCGCGCCUUCCUCUUCCUGGCGGAGAUCAAGAAAAAGUUCAUCCAAAUGUAUGGCCUCACGGUGGCGACGGCGAUUGCCUUCGCCAUGAACACCGAAUUCUCCCGCAUAUUGGCCCAGGACAUGAAACACUACAGCGAGUCACGGGAGGUGGACGCCAUCAGCCAGGUGCACGGCCAAAUUGACGAACUGAAGGACAUCAUGGUGAAGAACAUCGAGAACAUCACGAACCGAGGCGAACGGCUAGAGCUGCUAGUUAACCAGACGGAGAAUUUGCGAAAUAAUUCGGUAACAUUCCGCCAGACGUCGCGCAACCUGGCCCGAACCAUGUUCUGGCGAUCGGUUCGAAUGUACUGUUUGAUUGCGGCGAUCCUUCUCUUCGUAAUCUACAUCGUAGUCAGCAUGUCCUGUGGAGGACUUCUCUGGUCCAGUUGUAUACACAGUAGCAAGAACACAGCACCCGUGACGCCACCUCCAACCCUUCCUCCAGGACUCGAUGACGUCUAAGAACUGAUCUGAUUGCAAAAAAGGAGUGAAUGAGAAAGCAUGCGAGUCAGUCCCCGAAAGACGAAAAUUCUUCUUCAUUCGAUGAUAUUGGAAAAGACUUGAAUAUAUAUUGGAAGGGUGUGGCUGUAACACGGUCGGAAGGCGAUUUUUCUAGCAAACUUAAGACCAGAAGCGAAGCGAAAUCAAAAACUUUUAAGGUCAACUGUGCAGAUCCAAACAUUACUUUUAACUACUCGGAAUCGGAAGAAUAUUACCUUGAACGCUCUGCGUUCCGAUUACGAACAGGACUCGAACCAGAUUCCGGUUUAUCUAUACAGCUUUGUUUCUCGUGGUUAUAUUUAAUCUCUAGCAUAAUAUGAAUACCUAGCAAUACGAAACGUUAAACUUUGAAA